AAUACAAUCGAUUUCAAAUAUCUUCUUGAGUUUUCACAUCACUCGAAAAUGGGAAUCUGUGUGUCAUCUAACCGAAGAGAGUCCAAUUCUCCACCGACGGUGAAGAUCGUGACGGUUAACGGCGAUCUCCGAGAAUACAACGCUCCGGUGCUAGCAUCUCAAGCCCUGGAAGCCGAAUCAGCAGCUGCUCCAUCAUCUUCUUCUUCCUCUAGACCUUCCUCUUACUUCAUAUGCGACUCAGAUUCUCUCUGCUACGACGAUUUCAUUCCGGCGAUUGAAUCGGAGCAACCGCUUCAGGCCGAGCAUAUCUACUUCGUCCUCCCCAUCUCUAAGCGUCAGAGCCGUUUAACGGCGUCGGACAUGGCGGCUCUCGCCGUGAAAGCAAGCGUGGCGAUACAGAACUCCGUGGGGAAAGAAUCUCGCCGGCGUAAGAAGGGGAGAAUCUCGCCGAUGAUGAUGCUUACUCAGCCUAACGAUUCCGUCGCCGCUGUUAACGGGAAAGCAAGCGAAUCGACGGUUAGGGAUAAAACGGUUCCGUUAAAGGCAUCGAGCGGUUAUAACCGGUCCGGUUCGGUGCGUAAUUUGAGAAGAUAUACUUCUAAGCGAGCAAAGUGGGCGGUUCGAUCUUUUAGGUUGAAACUUUCAACCAUACACGAAGGCGCCGUCGUUUAGAUUCGUUAUAUAACUCUUAAACUUUUGUUUGUUUGUAUAGAAUAUGUUACCAAACAAAAGUAUGCACAUGAUUGGCUAUGUUUCUAUAAUUAGACAAUCAUAGUUUACAACUAUACGUAAGGUUAAUAAUACUGCGCUAAGAUAAUAUAAUAAA